AUGUCGCCCAAGCUAAGGCAAGGCCUCUUUAGAAUUGGGCAUCCUCCACCAACAUUAAUCAACAACAAUUCUCUCUUCUCUUAUCCUCCUAUUCCUAAUAACAAAACCCUCCAUUUUAAUGGCGGGAGUGAGUUCGAGUUGAACUUGAACCAUCCUCAUCCUCCUACAGUACUGAGCCCUAGUGGAACAAGUGACGCCAUGGCCUACUACCCUUAUGCUGAGGAUUUGGAUUUUGGGCCAUCACCCCAAUAUUCUUCUUCUUUUGAAGAAGAAGAAGAAGAAGGGGGAAAGCUUCUAUGGAGGCCUUGUGUCUACUUUGAAAAGGGCUUUUGCAAGAAUGGCACUUCUUGCAAGUUCUUGCACACUCAUCAUCUGCCCUCUCCAACAACUUCUGGAUUAUUUCAUCACUUUUUCAGACUCAAACCUCUUCAAAACCAUAAUAACACUAAUAGGUUUAGUCCUCUCAUGGCUGCUCCUGGAGGUCACCACCACUCCUUCCACAAUGACAAUCCGAGCUCACGGCAGAUAUACUUGACAUUUCCAGCCAACAGUAGCUUCAGGGAGGUCGAUGUAUCGAAUUAUUUUAGCUCGUAUGGACCGGUGCAAGAUGUGAGGAUUCCGUAUCAGCAGAAAAGGAUGUUCGGCUUUAUGACCUUCGCGUACUCGGAGACUGUUAAGCUCAUCCUCGCAAAAGGGAAUCCUCAUUUCGUCCGCCAUUCUCGCGUUCUUGUCAAGCCUUACAAGGAGAAAGGGAAAUCCCUCAACAAGAAACAAUCGACUUGUUUAAGCCCCUCGGUCGUCGAAUCUAGAGAACAUAUUGAUCUCCCCAUUGGAUCAAGGUUGCUGUAUGAUUCACAAGAGAUGAUCCUGAGGAAGAAACUGGAGGAGGCAGAGCUGCAGCAUGCCAUUGUCGAACUUCAAAUCGAAAAAUGGCGAAUAUGCAACUGAUGGACCUGAAAACACAACACCCAAACAAUCAUUUCCUGCCGAGGUUGAGGACCGGCAUUCCGGCUUCCUCUCCUAGACAGUCUCUAUAUCCGAUGAAUCAAAAUUCUCUCACUACUUCCGAUGUCUUUAAUCAAGAAGAGUUCGACCGUAACAGAGAAGGAGCUAAAUCUCCUGUCCCCGUUGAUCGGAAGUUGGUGUUGGAGGGAACUGAAUCACUACGGCAUGUAAAUGGGGCUGGUUUUGAUCAUCUUCUACCUGAAAG